AAAGAAUCAUCAUUUCAAUAUUAUCGAACCCCCCAGCUUGUCAUUGCAGCAACCCUUGGCUUAGAAACUUAGCAAAGGCAAGUCGAGGCAUAACAUAAUGAGUUCACCUAAAGACAGAGUACUACUGAUCGGCAGCGGUGGUAUUGGCACAAUUGCUGCUCUGAAUCUCGAAAAAGGAGGUUUGGCUGAAGUCACGUCUGUUUUGCGGUCCAAUUUCCAAGUCGUGCGCAGCAAGGGAUUCACGAUCAGGUCUUGCCAGCAUGGCGAUAUUCACAAUUGGCGGCCUACUGAAAGCUUGGAUGCUAUUCCGAACAGAUACAAUGCACAGGGCCGACCAUUCGACCAUAUCGUUUGCUGCACCAAGAAUAUUCCGGACAUUAUUCCUACGUUAUGCGACAUCAUUGCACCUGCAGUCACUCCCGGCCAUACUGCCAUCGUCUUGAUACAAAAUGGUCUGAAUAUCGAAAGACCGUUUAUCCAUCGAUUUCCGAACAAUGUUAUCAUAUCUGGUAUCAGCAGAAUCGACGCCCACGAAGUCGCACCUGGUGUCAUCGAGCAGAAACAGAACGACCUUCUACACAUCGGAGCUUUCAAUAACCCGUCCUUGCAUCUGAAGGUACAAGAAGCAGCAGCGAAGCGCUUCGUAGAAAUCUACAGCAUGGGAGGCAAAACGACAUGUCUGUACCAACCAGACGUCGAUUUUGACCGCUGGAGCAAGUUGGUGUACAAUGCUUCCUUCAACCCGAUUUGCGCGUUGGCUCGCCUGAACACUGGCGAGCUGCAGAGAACAGGCAGAGUUGUGGAUACUCUUGUAAUCCCCGCGAUGAAAGAAGUUCUGGCUGUAGCGGAAAAGGCAGGACACGCGCUUCCGGAAAGUAUUAUAAAUGAUACAAUCAGGAGCAACCCAAUAAACGAUAAUAUUACUCCGAGUAUGCAAAUAGAUCUGGAAAAGGGUAAUUUUAUCGAACAUGAGAAUAUCAUCGGGGAGGUGGUCCGAGAAGGUCACGAAAGAGGAGUAGCUACACCGAUAUUAUCAAUUUUGUACGAACUAUGCUGUGCAGUGCAGUGGAAGCUCAAGGGAAAGAGAAAUGGUAAAUAGAGUAGACAGUUAAUGAUCCGGUAUCCUUCAA